AUGACUCAUCCUUUGCCUCCAGACUUGUUGGAUUGUUUUCCAGGCAGUAAUGCCUCAUGUAUUCAGGUACGGUUAGGUUUUUGGAAAGAUUUUGCCCUCUACUUGGUGUUUGUUUCAGGCAUACUGGUUACCAUUUUAGGGAACUCUCUUGUUAUUGUCUCAAUUUGUCAUUUCAAACAGUUGCAUAGUCCUACCAAUGUGCUCAUUUUAUCUCUUGCUCUGGUUGAUCUACUAGUGGGUGUUCUGGUGAUGCCCUUCAGUGCCACCCGGACUGUUCAUGGCUGCUGGUUCUAUGGAGAUACAUUCUGUCACAUACACACCAGUUUUGAGGUGUUUCUCCCCACUCUUUCUAUCUUCCACCUAAUCUGCAUUGCUGUCGACAGACAUGAAGCCAUUUGCAAUCCUCUGCAUUAUUCUAGAAAACUCACAAUGUCAGUGGCUGUGAUGAUGGUAUGUGUCAGCUGGGCACUGGCUGCUGUCUAUGCUUAUGGAGUCAUUUAUUCAAAAGCCAAUGUGGCAGGUUUAGAGGAUAUAACAGAAUCAUUUUGCCUUGGUGGUUGUUUCGUGUAUUUUAACCCACUUUGGGGGAUGUUGAGCAGUGCUUUGUGCUUUUUCUUUCCCUGCGCUGUGAUGGUUUGUCUUUACACUAAAAUAUUUAUCGUGGCUGAACAGCACGUAAGAAAGAUUGGAGAUAAGAACAAUAGUUUAAAUGACAGAGGGAGAGGUCAAUUGGUUAAGCACUCUGAGAGCAAGGCUGCAAAGACUCUCAGUAUUGUGCUUGGAGUAUUCAUCUUUUGUUGGAUGCCCUUUUUUAUGCAAUUUAUCAUUGAUCCCCUCACUGGCUUCAGAAUUAAUUCAUUCCUCUUAGAAGUAUUAUACUGGUUGAGUUACUUCAAUUCAGCCUGUAACCCCAUCAUUUAUGCCUUGUUUUAUCCCUCCUACAAAAAGUGUUUUCAUUGCAUAAUCACUCUGAAAAUAUUCAGCACAAAUUCUUCAAAUAUGAAUCUAUCUGUUAAAUGA